AUGGUAUUGAAGAAACACUUUCAGGUUAAGCAUGAGCAGGGGCAGAGAAGCAGUGGAAGUACAAAGAGAAAUUACUGUGCUGUAUGUGAUGGAUGGAAAUGUGUUGGUGGAGCAGAGUUUGUUACUAAGGAGAAGUUGUGUAAGGAUUGUUAUUUGAAUGGAGACAGGGAGACCCUUCUCUGCAAAUUUCCCUACAAGCUGCUGUUGCUCUCCACCAACACAAGGAUUGCUCCUCAAUCUUCCGUGAGCACCCAGUGGUUUGCGGAGAAAAAGUCUACAAAAGUUGAUAUUUCCUUCUGCUGCAUCUGUCUACUGCAUCUGUCCCAAGAAGUUUUGAGCUGCCUGGAGUGGGAGAAGUGGACUUCCCAGGUGGAAAAAUUCUGUGGGGAAGAGAUUAAGGGAUCUAUUUGGGACAGAAAUGGGAAACUAAGUUUUACCUUCUCCAGAAUGUCAUGUAGUUGGAAUCAUGCAGUGUGCAGCCUUUCAGACAGUUCCAAGUCAUUUGCUAUGUUUCAAGCACUGUACUGGAUACCAGAAAUACAGAGUUGGAUAAGACUCAUUUUUUUUUCCCUGGGAGAAUGCAAGUCAACAUGUCAUAAGCAUUUUGCUCAAAGUUCUGUCUAUGGAAACAGUGGACCUUUUCAUGAUAAAUUGGUGAAGAGUGAUUGUUCAUAUUUCCUCAACCCAUUCAUAAUUUGGACUCACCAAGCAACCAGUCCUGACACCUUCCUGGACCAAUAUUUAGCUUAAUAUUGAUAAAAGGCUGCUUUCAAUUAUUUAUCUUCUAUUGAGUAAAAUUAACAUUAACAAAAUUAGCCAUUAAGCAGUUUAAAGUGUACAAUUCGGUGUUGUUUGACACAGUCACAGUGUUCACAACCACUGCUUCUCUAUGGUUCUGAGAUGUUUCUAUCACCAGUGAGGGAACCCUGUUCUCAUUAAGUCACUUCCCAUGUCCCUCUUUUCCCUCCGGCGACUGAAAACCACAAGUUGGCUUUCUAGCACCAUCAAUUUACCUAUGCUAGAUAGUUUAUAUAAAUAAAAACCCUGCAAG